GAAGGAAAUAAAUGUCCAUAAAAUGAUGCUAAAUUGUUUUGCUCUUUUAAUCUCAGAUUUCUCUGUAUGUCUGUGUUUUUAUUGAGUGGCUUUGGUUGUGAUGAAUGAAUGUGGGAGGAACCUGCAUGGAGCACAUGAUUGGAUAGGCAGUUGGGGUGCGGCAUGAGUCCGUGUUCUGAUUGGCUAAUUCAUUAGUAGUGGUCAAGUAGAGCAACAAAAGGCCAGGUGGUCAAGUGUUCAGUUGAGCAGCGAUUACGUAAGCACCAAUUCUUCCAGUUACUUCUUCAUUAGCUGCUCUACAGGAUUACUAAACAAGAUUAGAAGAAAAAAAAGGAAAAUCCCUUCCAUCUGCCUACCUGCCAGAGGAUUGCUACAGUUAUACACCUGCGUUCAUCUUUGACAAUCUGGAUAGCACUUUGUAACAACAAUAUAUACUAUCAGAACUAUCAGUGUAACAGGUAUGCACAGGUGUGGGAAGAUUUGGUCACAUCGUCCGAAGUGAAGCGGCGACUAUUGCACAACAGCUUAAUUUUUUUAAGCCACAGGAAGUCAUUAUGUGGAAGCUCAUAUGGACCUGCAUCCUGUGUUGUUUAAGCUGUAUUUUUGCAAUAGUCCAGCUGGAUAUUACCAAUGGGGAAGAAGACCAGAUUCCCAUGCUUGGAAAACCAGAUAAACGCUCACAAAGAUUGUUUCAAAGAUUUGUGGAAAGGCCUGGAGACCAUGGACUCUUGCGAAGACAUAAACGAAAUGUUUUUCUGUCCAGUGGAGUACGCCUCUGCAGUCAAGAAACAGUGCAGCAAGCCGUCACUAACCACCUCAAAUACUACAAGCUCAGAGUGUGUCAGGAAAUUGUGUGGGAGUCUUUCAAAAUCUUCUUGGAUCGUCUGCCUAAUCAGGAAGAAUAUAAGAGCUGGAUGAACCGGUGCCAGACGGAAAGUGUCUCCAUACAGGAGAUUGGUGCUACCUUUAGCCAAUCAGAAGAACACUUAGCACUUAUCCACAGAAGACUUGCGCAGACAAGACUGAAAAGUAAGACACCUACAUACUCAGUAUGCAGUCCUGAAGAGUCUUCCCAAGAGCAUGUACCACCAGGUGAUGAGCUUCCUGCAGAAACCACUGUGGUGGUGACCACAGUGGUUCCACAUGAAGUUAUCUCAGAGAGUGUAAAGGAAGUUACUGCAGAAUCACCAUCUGCUGUCAUGACAGUGAAGAUGGAUACUGAGAUCACUAAUGAGAUUGAGCAGGAAGCAGCUGCUUUGCCUUCACGUCCUCUGAUUGAGCAGAGGGUGGAGCUGGCUAUGUUAUUGACUGGAGAACCAUGGAGUGAAGAACUGUUGAACUCCACCAGUAGUGAGCAUGGCAGACUCACUCAGAAGAUCACAAAGAAGAUUUCAGCUGCUUUGGAAAAACUGACAGAAUUCAAGAGUGUAUCAGUGGUGGACAUCAGGCCACAGAUGGAUCCCUCAAGUGGUGAUAAGGCAGUAUUGGUGGAAUAUGUUGUGUCCCUCCAGACCAGCAGUGAAGAGAUCAGCAGUGAGACACUGGACUUCAUUAAUCUUCAAUCCAACAUGGUAGAGGGCACCUUUAGUUACUCAGAGGGGCCCACUGUUCAGUACACCAUUAUUGACCUCCACCCCGACAUCACUGAGACUUUGCAUGGGGAAACCUCUCCAGAGGAAACCCAUUCUGCAGACGAAUCUCUAGACCCUGACCACAAGGAUGAUAUUUUAGCAGUUGAAGAACCAUCUGAGCUGCCUGGAGAGGUGGUUAAGGAGGACUUCACUGUUGGUGACCUUUUGGAUUCUACAAUGUCAGAAGAGGAAGACCUUCAAGACAAGGACUUGGUGUCACAGUUUCCUCCCAGCCAGACUCUUUCUGUGGAAGGUGAAGCUGUAGGUCCCAUUAUUGACUCCAAGCAAGACAGCGAUUUGACAUUGGAUGAUUUUAAUCCCGCCUCUGGAUCUGGUGAAGAUGGCGAUUGGGUAACUGUCCUUGCUGGAGCUCAAGAGCCAGUUGGAGAGACAGAAGAUGACGAAGACAUUUUAAUUGAUGUAGACACGCCACAGAUAGAGGACUAUGAAUUUUCCACAAUUACAACAGUUGUUGAAGAGGACCAGAUCUUGCCUGAGGAAACUCCUGAACUGAUUACUGCUAAAGCUGAAGGAGAUGGAAACCUACCAGCUGGUAGUGAUAUCCCCACAAUGCCGCCAGUCAAAGUGGCUGAGGCAGAAUCUACCCUUAAACCUGAGGAAGACCUCAUGCACUCUGCAGAAGAAGAAGGGGUGGAGGAAGACAACAAGGAAGAAACUGUUUUAACAGAAAAGAAUGAGGAAACCGAAGUUGGUAGUGAUGUCCCCACAAUGCCGCCAGUCAAAGUGGCUGAGGCAGAAUUUACCCUAAAACCUGAGGAAGACGUCAUGCACCCUGCAGAAGAAGAAAGGGUGGAGGAAGACAACAAGGAAGAAACUAUUUUAACAGAAAAGGAUGAGGAAACCGAAGUUGGUAGCGAUGUCCCCACAAUGCCACCAGUCAAAGUGGCUGAGGCAGAAUUUACCCUAAAACCUGAGGAGGACCUCAUGCACCCUGCAGAAGAAGAAAGGGUGGAGGAAGACAACAAGGAAGAAACUGUUUUAACAGAAAAGGAUGAGGAAACCAAAGUUGGUAGCGAUGUCCCCACAAUGCCACCAGUCAAAGUGGCUGAGGCAGAAUUUACCCUAAAACCUGAGGAGGACCUCAUGCACCCUGCAGAAGAAGAAAGGGUGGAGGAAGACAACAAGGAAGAAACUGUUUUAACAGAAAAGGAUGAGGAAACCAAAGUUGGUAGCGAUGUCCCCACAAUGCCACCAGUCAAAGUGGCUGAGGCAGAAUUUACCCUAAAACCUGAGGAGGACCUCAUGCACCCUGCAGAAGAAGAAAGAGUGGAGGACGACAACAAGGAAGAAACUGUUUUAACAGAAAAGGAUAAGGAAACCAAAGUUGGUAGCGAUGUCCCCACAAUGCCGCCAGUCAAAGUGGCCGAGGCAGAAUUUACCCUAAAACCUGAGGAAGACCUCGUGCACCCUGCAGAAGAAGAAAGAGUGGAGGAAGACAACAAGGAAGAAACUAUUUUGACAGAAAAGGAUGAGGAAACCGAAGUUUCUGUGAUCACAAUAGAGGAAUCAGAGGAGGUUGAAGAAGAGGAACAGGAAGAAUCUGUUGACAGUACCACAGUGGCACAGGAGAAUGAUUUUGUACUGAUGGAUGUUUCGACAAUACAGUUUUCAGAGGACGUUCUAACAGAGGAUGAGAUCCUAUUAGUCACCAUUGAACCAGCAAGCCCAGUUUACCCAACACCUCUUUCACCUGAGAAAGAACCACCCUUCUCCCUCAUCACCAUAAUGACCCCAACAGAGGUGGAGUUAGUCCAUACCUUAAAUUCAGAUGUCAUGACUACAUCGCUAGAUGUGAUACAUUACAAAGAAGAAGAGGGUAGUGGCAUCUCUGGUGUCAUCCAGGGCGAUGGCGUUUCCGGCAUAGCUUUGCCAGCUAACCCUGGGCGGUCUUUGAUAGUGUUUUUCAGUCUUCGUGUAACUAAUAUGAUAUUCUCUGAGGAUCUGUUCAAUAAGAGCUCUGCAGAGUACAAAGCCUUGGAGCAACAGUUCCUUGAACUGCUGGUGCCAUAUCUGCAAUCAAACCUCAGUCACUUUGAGAACCUGGAGAUCUUGAACUUCAGGAAUGGAAGUAUAGUGGUGAACAGCCGCAUGAAGUUUGGCAAGCCUGUUCCUCAUGGAGUCAUUACAGCUGUUUACCUCAUUCUAGAGGAUUUCUGCAACACUGCUUACCAGACCAUGAACCUCGCCAUUGACAAAUAUUCACUGGAUGUCGAAUCAGGGGAACAGGCAGACCCGUGCAAGUUUCAGGCAUGUAAUGAGUUUGCUGAAUGUACAGUGAACCAGUGGUCAGGUGAAGCCGAAUGUGUAUGUAAUGCGGGUUACUUUAGUGUGGACGGACUACCCUGCCAAAGCAUCUGUGACCUUCAACAUGACUUCUGCUUGAAUGAUGGGAAAUGUGAUGUCAUUCCAGGCCAAGGAGCCAUUUGCAGAUGCCGUGUUGGGGAAAACUGGUGGUACAGAGGAGAACAUUGUGAAGAAUAUGUUUCUGAGCCACUCGUAGUUGGCAUCGCUAUAGCAUCCGUUGCCGGGUUCCUUCUGGUGGCGUCAGGAGUAAUCUUCUUCCUAGCAAGAACUCUAAGAGACCAAUAUGACAAGGAUGAAAUGGAGGACCCAGUACGGAGAGAGGACAGUCCACCAUUUCUAGACAGGGCCACUAAGUAUAACCCCAUGUUCGAGAGCGAUUUAACUACAGGUUACAGUCAUUACUACCAGCGGUACCCCGAGCCCCCAGUCCACAGCAGCGCCAGUGCCGAGACAUCCACAGAGUUCAGCAGCGAAGAGAUACGCCAUAUUUAUGAGAACAGCGAACUCACCAAGGAGGAUAUUCAAGAUCGGAUCCGCAUCCUUGAACUCUACACAAGAGAUCGUCAGUUUGCAGAUUUUUUGAAGCAGCAUCAAAUAGCAAUGGAUAAUCAAAGAGAAAGUUCCUCGAAUAGCCAAUAGCUUUCCAGUGUGGAAAAUAGCUUUCCAAGAGUGCAAAACAUUGAAGAAACUUGCGUUGUCUUUUGGGAAAUGGCAUCUUUGGGCUUCCAGAGCAAUUUCUCGUCAACCUUUCUGAGACUUUGCCAUCACAAAUUAAAUUGCUACCUAUGGAUACUUCUUAAAAUAAGAUUCAAGAAUGAAAAGGCUAUUUUGAUCCUUUUGUUACAAGUGUUUUUUUUUCUGUCAAAAAACAGGAUCUUGGUCACAGACAUUAUCUUUGUCAUUGAUUGAAAUGUUUUGUUAGUGCCUUCUAAUCUUAUAGCUGUGGCCCGUUUCUCAGACAGACUCUGGUGUUCUAGAUUGUCAGAGAUUUCAAGCUGUUGUGUAUUAAGACAAAUCAGGCUGCUAAUUUUAAUUAUUGGAUGCAUUCGGGCAGCUAUUUUCUAUGUAGGUAAUAGUUAUACAAGCACAGCUGUACAUACUUGAAGAUUGAUCAAAAUCAAAAACACACAUUUCAAAUAAGUAGAAAAAUCUAACAGCAGCGGUAUCACAGAUCUGCUUCAUAAGCUCAAAUCACAGGAAAAAAAUGAUGCCUCUAUCAAAAAGGUGAUUGGCUCUUUUAACUGAAAGUAGGGAUUUCCCUUCCUUACAGGUCAGGUACUGUAUUGAAUGUUGCAAUCUCUCUUGUUUAAGGUUUUUUUUUUUUUUUUAGUGAGUGCAUGACACAUCCUUGCAAUAAUGAUUGUCGCAAUAAUGAACAUUUAUAUGUAUUUUUUUUACAUUAUUUAACAUUUUUAAUUGUAUAAGUUAAAGAGCUAAUUCACCUACAGUAAAAAUGAAAAUACCGUCAUCAUAUAUUUAUGUCAUUACUUAAGUGAAUGAAUGAUUUGGCAGAAUUUCAUAUUUGUGUGAACGAUGCCUUUGAGUUUUUGUGAGAAUUAAAUAAAACUUUGUUAUAAUGGAAACUUGAAUUCACAAGUUUUAUUAAAGGUGCUGAGGAAUCGACCGUAUG